GUAGCGGUUUGCCGCCGGGCCGCUGGAGCUGGCGGGCCGGGUCGGGAGUGGGUGCGGGCCACUCGGGGUGCGAUGGUGCGGCGCGGGCUGGAGUCCUGGCGGCCGGUUCGGGCGCCUCGGGCCCGCGGGGCUGCGCCGCCAGGGGGCGUCCGCUCCUGCCCUUCGCGCACUCCGCUGCGGAGCUGCUUUGUAGCCGCAGGCGUCGGGGAUCCUUUUUGCUUCGGGAUUGGUAAUGUAAAUUCAUGAAUUAAAAUUAAGGAUUUGAGGAGAACAGAGAAAAACGCACUUGGAUCUAGGUUGCUUUUGAAAAAGAAAAAAGCCAAAGAAGAAUCGAUACAUUCGCAGGAACAGUAACUGACUACUGACUGGAACACUGAAUGCGGGUGCCUUACGAGGAUUUGUACUCCCAAAACUUUUUUUUUUAAACUACACGUUGGCAAAUAUUGAGUGUUUUCGAGUAACAUCUUGCAGUAUGUAUUUAGUGCCCUCAUUGCGGAAAAUUUUUAAAUGUUCUUCAGAAGACAAUGAGGUCAUUCAACCAGGUUUCAUCAGCCCCAGGCGGGGCAGGCAAAGGUGGUGGAGAAGAGCCCGGGAAGCUGCCAGAGCAGGCAGAGGACGAAUCCCAGGUUUUGCACGGAACUGGCCACUGCAAGUGGUUCAACGUGCGAAUGGGAUUUGGAUUCAUCUCCAUGAUAAGCCGAGAGGGAAGCCCCUUGGAUAUUCCAGUCGAUGUAUUUGUACACCAAAGCAAAUUAUUCAUGGAAGGAUUUAGAAGCCUAAAAGAAGGAGAACCAGUGGAGUUCACAUUUAAAAAAUCUUCCAAAGGCCUUGAAUCAAUACGGGUAACAGGACCUGGUGGGACUCCCUGUUUAGGAAGCGAAAGAAGACCCAAAGGGAAGACACUACAAAAGAGAAAACCAAAGGGAGACAGAUGCUACAACUGUGGCGGCCUUGACCAUCACGCUAAGGAAUGUAGCCUACCUCCUCAGCCAAAGAAGUGCCAUUGCUGUCAGAGCAUCACGCACAUGGUGGCGAACUGCCCCCACAAAACUGCGGUGCAGCCGCCAGCCAGUUCUCAGGGAAGACAGGAAGCGGAGCCCCAGCCGUGCACGUCGGCGUUCCCUCGGGAGGUGGGGGGAGGGCACGGCUGUACAUCAUUUCAGGAGGCGAGGUCCGAGCUCUCAGAGUGGCCAGGCAGGUCCCCUCAAGAAGCUUCCUCUACCAAGUCGUCUGCAGCACCGGAAGAACAAAGCAAAAAGGGGCCUUCCGUUCAAAAAAGGAAAAAGACAUAACCCUUCUUUAACGUAUCAUUUUCUCUCCCCGGUUGGGAAGUCUACCUCAUGCAAAUUCAGGGGAACAGGAUUUCACAUACAGCAGCUGACCUGGGAUUUUUUAACUACUGUUGAGGAACUGUGAAUGUUUUUAAACAGACAAAUCACUCUAAGCAAAUUACCUUGGAGCAGGGUGUCAUGUGUUAUGUGACUCAGAGAAUGAGAUGCUGUUAUCUGUAUGUACACGUGUGAGAGGGAGCGAGCCUGAGCCUGUGUGUGUGUAGGAGAAUUUUCUUUAGAAUGUAGACAUAUAUAUAAAGAGGGCUUGUCUUUAUAUAUGUGUGUAUGGAGAUACAAGCACACACCCUCUCUCACAGAAUUGGACAUCCUGCAAGAAUUGAAAGCCCACAGUGAAGCAGUUUUAGAUGGUUUUGAAAAUAACCCUUGGAAUUUUUCUUGAAAUACCAUUCCCUUUAUAUUACAUUAGAGAAAAAAAAGACUGUUACCUUUUAUGUGAACCAAAGGAUAUACUUCAGAUCUCAGAGCUGCCCGUCAUAUGGUACUAAAGGUUUUUAAAACAUCAGUUCUCCCGAAUUUGGGAUUGCCUCUUUUUCUUGGUAUCUGUACAGUGUAUCCCCCAACCCCACCCCUUUUCAAGGCAGUACCUUAACUCCAUAUGCCUCUGACUGCCGUUUAAGCUUUUUUGAAUCUGGGAUACAAACCAGAAAAGACAAUGAAUGUGUAAUCUCUGUGCCGAUAUUUCAGUGUUUUCAAUUCCAAUGUUCUGAUUGUAAAUUAGAUGCCUAUUCAGAGAAAUGAAGGGGGAGGGCAAUGUAUAAAUGUAGUGAUGUGAUUGUUUUCAGUGGUAUUUUGAUACCAGCUCAUUGUAAUCUCUUACAUGUUGUGAGGUUUUUGAGGGACUCUGGCGACAGCAGCUCCCCUUGACUAAGUCAAUCCUUCUAACCAUCACUUCGAGCAGGGGCCUCCUUGUUUACUACUGAAGACCUUGGAGGAAAACUCCAGUCAUUGGGUGUAUGUUUUUGGUGGCUGUUUUUAUUCCCCCUGGAGAGUUACCUAACUUGUGUCUAAAACAAACACGCAAAACAGCACAGUAAAAUGCCAGGGUUGAGAAUGAAUAUUGAGUGGAUGCUCACAAUUGCCCAUGAUGUAUGACCUUGAAUAAUAUGAAAAAGCAUCAUGUUUGGUGGCAAGCGACUAGAGUGACGAGCCUGGGGAGAAAGGUUGCCAAACCUCUCCUACCAGAGAGUGGAGUGUUCUUUAUACAAUACAGUUGAUCUUACGAGAAUUCCCUCAUGACUGCUACUGAAGGGACGAAUAUGGGAGAUUCGGGAUGAGCAUUCAGUGAUGGAGACAGAGACAGUAGUGUCAAUGGCUAGGGGCCAACCACAGUAUUGAUCCCUUCAGCUUCCAGUCAUGAAAAACACUCAUUUUGCUGUCAUCCUGGUUCUAGAUCUUAUGGAUGAAUUUUGGGAACAUCUCCAAGAAGGUACCAAGUAGUAGUAAGGCUUAACAUUGGCAGUAAAUAGAGUCUUGUAUAAGCCUGUUGGUGUAAGCUCAGAUAAUCAGAAACAGAAAAUAGCAUGAUUCAAAUGAGACACGUUCUGCUGAACAGUUUCUGCUCCCUCCCAGCUUGUCCUGCCGAGGGAGACUUGUUGUACGGUUUUGCCCCCAUUUCAGUAAGCAAGCCACGUGGAAGGAGAGCAAGCGAGCCUGGGGCUGGGCCACCAGCCCUUCCCAACUCAGCUUGAGUUGACAGUGUUUGUGAGAGUCUCCAUGGGAUGUACUGAAAUCUCAGUAUGCUGUGAUGCAAAGCUUACCUUUGACGAUAUUGAAUGUGAUAAAUAGGUAUAGAAAAGUACUUCCUUGCCUUAUGUGAGGAGUGUAAGCUUAUUUAAAUUAUGUAGACAAAUCAAAGUGGCAUUGCUUAAUUUUUAGCAGGUAUAAUAAGCAGGUUAACAGUAAAAAUGCAAAAUGUAAUAAGUCACUUUGAAAAUUCAAACCAAAGUUCCUUGACCUUAUUAGAAAUAGGAAAUUAUGGACUUGAGAAUUGGACAUUCCCUGUUUACAUAUAAAAAGUUCAGAGCUGAGAUCACGAUUUAAAAAAAGAAACAUUUUAUAACUGUGGACCUUAUGGGUGCAAUUUGAAAUCACUUUUCAGCAUCUCACCAGACUAAACUAAGCACAUACCAAACCUAUCUUUGAUGAAAAGUUGGGGUUUAUUUUUUAUAUAAGAAUAUUAUCACUAUUACAUAAACAUACUCAGGACAAAGAACUUCGCUCAGGGAACAUACCGUAUAAUAAUUGUUGUUUCUUUACAGAAUAGUCUACAGUCCUGCUUACUCAAAACAAACCAAAUAACUUAGACCUUUAUGUAAGUAUUAUGUACUGAUGUUAGUAAUAACUACCUCUGAGUUUGACAUAGAUCAAAAUGUCCAAAUAUCAAUUAUCAGCUCUCCUUUUUUAAUUUCAUGUGAAAAUUACUCAAGGAGACUUUCUCCACUCCUUUCAGAUGUGAAUAUCACUGACAUAAGCACAGUGUCCAUUUACAUGGGUGAAAUAUUCUGUUUACAGCAAAAGGCUACCUCAUAGUUGAUGCAUAGCACACCUUUAUGCUGCUCCAGCCUUACAGUGGCUGAUAAUUCUCUGGUACAGAAUCUUUUUAUCUAAAGUAUAGAUAGCAAUUCAUAACUGCAUAUUUCUGACAAACACUUGUGAAUAAUGAAGCAUCUAGUUAGCAAAGUCUCGGAGCAUUUCCUUCAAGUGACCAUGUAUUUAAAGACAUAGACUCUUCUACUGAAGCAAAACAGAGCACACAAGUCAAUCUUCGAAAUAGCUGCUUUGCCCAGAGGUCGGUAGUGGGAAGAAGUCAGGAAGUGAGGUUGCUUGUAUGAGUGUAUGUGUGCUGGGCCAAAGUAUCAAAGAUGCCAAUCUCCUUCGUUUGUGUCUGUGCUGCCCUGAGGCCAAGUGAUUGCAGCAUUGUUGUCCAGGCACGUAAUUAACAGCACUGGCUGCCAAGGAGUGAACGUACAGUGGACGUGCAAUGCCCUUUCUAGCUACUGAGGGGUAGGAUCCGUGUGAAGCAUCAGUUUACUGGAGUUGCUAAUGGGUUGGGCAGGAGGUCUGUGAAAUAGUUCCCCUUUGACCUCUCCCCACCCACGUCAACACAAAUGUAAUUCCUAGGAAAAGAUGCACGACCGGUCUCCUAGCCCUGUGAGCUAUUCAUUGCUACGUGGCAGAUUAUAGUAGAAACAUUUUUAUACUUGCAUUUUUCGUCUUUACUAGAAGCCUUUGGAUGUAUUUUUACAGUUGAAAGAUUUAGAAAGAUUUUUACCUGCUUAUAACUUGGAAAUUUGGCGUGCAAUGUAUGGGAAAAGAUCGAGAAACAUCAUGUUAUUAGCAUUGGUCCAUCUACAAAUAAAUAUAAAGGUGUUUCUAUUGCCGAUAUAUAUUUUUUUUGGCCCAGUUUUAUUUUGCACCAAUGUGGCCCCAAGUUACUGCUAGUUGUAUGUAGUUUGUGAAUAGGAGCCCAUAAGUGUUAAUAGACUUUGUAACUUUCACUGUAAGAUGAGUUAUACAGGACAUGGAAAAUCUCAUUAAGUCUUAAAGAUAAUUUAAAUUAAUUUAUCUGUUUUCUCUAAGAAAUGUUUAUCAUAAAAUAUAUAUGUGUAUUUCCCCUUUGGUUAUAAAAUUUGGGAAAGUGUGUACACGUGCAGCUGCACGGACUUUAAUUUUCUAGAUGUCUUAAUGAGAUUUAUUUGUUUUAGGGAAGAACAACUUGUUACAAGCAUCAAAUUCUGUCUUACAUCGCUGUCAACAGCCUCUUUCAGAUGUGGUGGUUGUGUGAUCUGUGUCAUAGUUCAGUUAGAGUGAGAGGUUGACCUCUGAAUCAUUGUUAAAUUGUCUGUCUGGAGCAAAGCUGCAAAGUUAUGGUCAUGUACUGUACAGUGAGAAACUAUUGCAACAUUGCAUAUAUCUGUGGCUUCACAUGUGUGAGAGUUAACCAGCUUGAAAAUGAUGGUGUUGACUACCUCUUGAAUUACUUACAGCUACCAACCACUGGCACCCACCACCAGCUGGCUUUAAUUAGUAUGUAUUGCUUUUUUGGUAUUAACAACUUUAACCACAAUAGAGACCAAAGUGAACACUGAUUUCUAUAUGACUUUAAUAUGGUGUUUUAUCUAGUGUUUUACAAUUAUCCUGUGUAGUCUUUAGAUGACCUCAUUGUCCAUUUUGGCUCAUGUUGUUUACAAGUGAAAAUAAAAAACACUUGAACUGUAUGUUUUUAAAGGACAAAAAAGGAAUAGAUGGUCAGAAUGGCGUUUUCACUUGUGUACAGUCAUCUCAAUGGAUUACAAGUACUGUUUGCCUUUCUGCAGACCGUGGAUUUUAUAUUAUCAUCUCAUGCCUAGUGUCUUAUUCUGUCAAUUAUGGAUAUUUUGAGGUUUAAAGAAAUUACUUGAUUAAAAAUAAAACAUAUAACGUUGGCAUUUA